AUGGCGAAGCUGAGCGCCACACGCAUCGAGCCCGCGAUCCAGGCGCUUGCCGAAACGAAAGCUGAUUUGAAACUGCGGACCGUGGUCCAGUUUAUCAAGGUUCAUCAUUCGUCCUCGGAAUGGCGAACGCUCAUAUACCUCACCAUCGAUUACCCCCUGUCCCCUAACCAUCCCCAGUCGUACAAAUACACAAACGGUGAUGUGAGUACGCUUCCGUACUCCUAUACGCUUUCGUCGCUCCCUGCGCUUCUGCGCGACGGCGCCGACUCUCCGAUGGCGAGGUAUUACACUAUUCCAGCGACCGCGUCGACGCCCCUCCCUAGCUUGCCCAUCAAUCUUCCGAGUUACGCGAUGUAUCUAGCGUCCGCACUCGAAGACUCGCGGCGGGCGGUGGGCGAUAGCUCCAGCGGAAUGCGCAAGCUGGCGAAGAUGGUAGAGCAAUUUUAUCCAGACGAAGUCAGCAUGCCUGCCGCCAUCAGUGAGGGCGCAGAAACAGCCGAGCGAGGCGGUGCGCGGAAGUUGUACCGCCGGCUCAUAGGGCGGGGGAACAAGGGAAGCAAGGGCGGGGGUAACAGCGACCAAUACGCAGACCUUGUGACUCCGUGGGUCCCAGACCAGUGGGGGUGA